UAGUCGCUUUCAAAUAACAGUCCCCAAAAGACAGCUCCGAGUGGCGGUUGGCGUGUUUAGUGUAUAAGUGCGUACGCGAGUGUCAAGCUGUAUCUUGUAUUGUAACGGAGAGAAUCGCUGCGCGGAGAUGUGCCAAUCGCCCCGAGGAGUUCUACAUUAUCGACCAGCAGCGUCCAGUAUAAGCAGUCGUUGCAGUUAGACGCAGCUCGAUCGUGAUUCGUGCCGGACAGCAGCAGCACCAGCAGUAGGCACAUCCUACCACGUGUGUAGACUGUGUACCGUGUAGUGUACCCGCUCUCUGCUUCUGUGUCGCGCACCAGCGAUCUCCUCGUGUGUGUGUGUGUGUUUACAAUACGACGAUAAACCUGAUCGGUUCGUAUAUCGUACACACGGCGCUCUGUACAUCCCAGAACAAUAACAGACCCGCGCGGAUGAGAAUCUUUCGUCGUUGAUUUUUACUUUUCGACGUAUAUAUUCAGGCAGACUCGGGAGAUUAAGAUUAGAGAGAGACAGCGGAUCAACAUUGACUUUUUUCUCAGUUGUUUACGCAAGAUGAUCGCCACGAAGCUGCCAGAGGUCCAACACCGAGAGUGCUGUCAAACUCACGUCAAAGUAAACGACUGCAAGUUCAAUUGGACGAUAUACAAUUUCAGCUUCUUCAAGGAAAAGCCCGGAGAGCCGCUGGAAUCGACGAUUUUCUCGCCGACGAACGAUCCGGGCCUGCAGUGGCGCAUCGUGCUCUAUCCAUCGGGCAAUCAUCACGAGUACAAGGACUACCUGUCGCUGUUUCUGCACCUGGUGAGCUGCGACAAGCCCUCGGUCGUGGUGGACUUUCGCUUCUGCGUCGUCGACAAGCACGGCCGGGACAUCAACGAGCACAAGCCAUCGCGCAAGUGGGUCUUCUAUCAGAAUCGCAUGUCGGGCCAUCCGAAAUUUUUGCGUCGCGACUACGUGCUGAAUCCGGCCAACAAUCUGCUGGUCGCGGAUCGGCUCAGGCUCAAGUGCUUCAUCAGGUCGGCCGACGGCACGUUCGAGCACACGAAUUACGACUGCAACGUGCCCCAGGUGCCGGAUCUCACCAAGCAGCUGGCCGAGGACUACGGCAAACUGCUGGAGAGCGAGCGCUGCAGCGACGUGGUGCUAGUGGCGCGCGACGGCGCCAAGCUCCAGGCGCACAAGGUCGUGCUCGCAGCGCGCAGCCCCGUGUUCGCCGCCAUGUUCGAGCACGAGAUGCGCGAGUCGCGCGAGAACGAGGUGCAGCUGCGCGACUGGGACGCGGAGCUGAUCAAGCAGCUGCUCGAGUACAUCUACACGGGCCGAACGCCCUGCUUCAAGGGCAAGACGGUACCGCUGCUGAUGGCUGCGGAGCAGUACGCCCUGGACGGCCUGAAGACCGCCUGCGAGUACGAGCUGUGCGUCAACAUGAGCGUCGAGGACGCGGUGGAGCUGCUGCUCAUGGCCGACAUGCACAACGCCCAGAAUCUGAAGCAGGCGGCGCUGAACUACGUCAAGACCAAUAUCCGCGAGAUCAUCGACACGCCGAGCUUUCGACAGUUAACCGAUGUCAAGCCGUAUCUCAUGGCCGAUAUACUCAAGGCGCUCGUUUAGCAGGAGGCAGGCGCGCCCGCCUACCAACCUCUUCUCGUAUUUUAUGGUUAAAUGAUCCGUCAAAAGAUCUCCUUCCUAAAUUAAUUAUUAAUCUUUACUUAUAGUGACCCUAUCAAUUAUGUCUUGAUUUAGGAUUAAUAUACUGUGAUUUUAACAUACAGUACGCGAUUCUACACAUGCGCAACGAUUUGUGUAAAAUGCUACUUUAUGACUACUCAUAUAAUUGUAAAAUUUAAAUGUCAAUGUACAUAUACAACGCGGGCGAGAACAACCGUGAACGGUUUUUUUUGAUCUUGAAAAAUUCGUGCCGCCCCUCCAGCAUAAUUUGUAAAAUUACGCGCCAAUCGAGGGGGGCUUGGCAGGCCAAUUUUUCGAGAUGCAUGAGAGUCUCUCGUUCGCGUCGUCGCGCGCGCCCGCAAUGAAAGAUCGAUAAUGUUAUGCAUAAUAUAUACGUCAUUCGCGCGCGCGCGCGCGCGGACGCGCACACGAGAGCCCGAUCGCGCUACCGUAUGCGUACCUGAAAAAUAUCAAAUAUUUUUUAAUCAUGUUUAUAUAUAGCUUUAAUAGUUUAUUGAUCGAGUUGAUUUUAUAUAUUGUUUAAUGUAUAAAUGCUUAGCAGAAAUAAUAACAUUUUAUAUAAAAUUCACCGAUUUUCAUCGUGACAGUUGUCUUGUUUAUCUAUCCGAAUUCACAAGGUGAUAGGUUGUUAAAUGAAUUGAAAUAUUGACUUUUCAUUCUAAAUGAGCUAAUUUAUAUUAAUGACAGAUUUCUUCAUGUUCAUAAUAUUAUAUUUCUAUUACAAUUGUCAUGUCUAAAGAUUAACUUGUUCUUUCAGCGAUAAAUUUUUAUUACACAACAAAAUUAAACAUUUCAUAGGUGAUUUCUCAAACACUGCUAUAAAUUGAAUCAAUUGUAAUAAGUGAAACAAUUUCAGCCUCAACCAGGAUUCAAACCAGAAACUUUUGAUAGCAGACGAGAGUACCGAAUUCUUAUAGUAAUUUGAAUAUACUAAGAGAAAAAGAAAGAAAUAAAAAGUUACCAAUUACACAUA